GGAUUACGUAGCCAUAUUUUUACAAUAGACGUGCGCAUUCUCGUCUUCAUAAUUUACAUUUCCAAGUACGAACUACCUUCAUUUUAUUUGUACGAUAUUCAAUAAGACAAAAGUUCGAUCAAAUUUUUUGGUUUUGUUUAAUUUUUUUUAUAAAAUUGUAUAUAGUAAUAUUGUAAAUGUUCAUGAUUAAAUAUUAGUGGUGAUGAAAAAAAAAAGAAGUUGAAGUAAUGGGCGGAGUUUGCGCCUGUUGGAAUACGAGGUAAAAAACAUUGUUUUACGAAAACAUAUAUUUUUGAUAUAACAAAUAAUAUUCCAAAGGAUCAGUUUCAAGAUAUUUUUAUGAAGCUUCGUAAAAAUUUGAAGUUCACGGAUACAGGUUAAGCGAACAGGAUUAGGAAAAGCGGUGAAAUCGCAUCAUAAAUAAAAUGGAUGCGCACGCGGAUAAUAACACACAAGAGUAGGUGAGGAAAAGGCUUUAGAUAGAAAAAGAAAGAAAUGAAUCAGCCAUUCUGAUUGGUCGAGGCGGCUGUUAUGGCCGCCGAUUGGCGCACGCAUGUACGCACACCAAGCUUUGCUGUAUACACGAACGCACGAACACGUGCGUGAAUCAGGAGCGUAGCAGUCGCUCGUGGCCGAGAAGAGUGAAAAGAGCGACAGAAACGGUCGGUCCGCGCGUUGCCUUGUAAGGCGGAGAGUUGGUGUGUGACGUCCGUGCGCGGAUGGCUCGAAGAACGCCGAUUUUCCUCAGCUUAUACAAGUAUCCUUGCUGAGCAGAGGAAAGAACAAGUGAAAGGAGAGUGCGGGCCGGGCGCGACGCCGACCGUCGACAUAACCACGUAUACGUAAAAUCCGACAAUCCGUCAAGUUUAAAGCUGCCGAAGGCACCAUUUUCAUCAUCUCUAUAGUGUGUAUAGCAAACUAGAAAUUGUUAUUAAACGUAAUGUGAGUGUCUUGAGCAAGGAAAGAAAUAUAUAAUAGUGAGAAAGUCGUGUUUUUCCGCAUCAUCUGGUAUACGAUAUACGUCCGCGAGUGUUGUGUGAACAAAUUCACUCUUGCGACGGAAACAAAAAAGAAGGAAAGAAACGGCGACGAAUAAUAUUCUUAGUGCUGUAGUCUACAGUUGAUGGAUGAAACUAGCAGAAUGCUGCAACACGGAGGAUCAGGUGUGGGUCUGAUGGGAGGAAAUCAGGGUCAGGGGGCCCAAAAUACUGCCGGAUAUGGUAGUAUGGGACCUGUGGAUGGAACUGCAACACAAGGUCCGGAUCAGGCUGUCGAGGCCAGAAAACAGGAUAUCAGUGAAAUUUUGCAACAAAUUAUGAACAUCACCGAUCAAAGCUUGGACGAGGCGCAAGCGAGAAAACAUACUUUAAACUGUCAUAGAAUGAAGCCAGCCCUGUUUUCAGUUUUAUGUGAAAUUAAAGAGAAAACAGUGCUAUCUUUAAGAAAUACUCAGGAAGAGGAACCACCGGAUCCCCAAUUAAUGAGGUUGGAUAACAUGUUGAUCGCGGAGGGUGUUGCUGGACCGGAAAAGGGUGGCGGUGCUGGAGCGGCGGCCUCUGCAGCGGCUGCAGCCGCUGCUGGAGGACCACCUGGACAACCUGACAAUGCGAUCGAACAUUCGGAUUACAGAGCCAAGCUUGCCCAAAUUAGACAGAUUUAUCAUCAAGAGUUGGAGAAAUACGAACAGGCGUGUAACGAGUUCACAACUCAUGUAAUGAAUUUAUUGAGGGAACAAAGUCGUACCAGGCCAAUCACGCCAAAAGAAAUCGAGAGGAUGGUUCAGAUUAUUCAUAAGAAGUUCUCCAGCAUUCAAAUGCAACUGAAACAGUCUACCUGUGAGGCUGUGAUGAUUUUGAGGAGUCGAUUCCUUGAUGCAAGGCGUAAAAGACGAAACUUUAGCAAACAAGCCUCUGAAAUUCUCAACGAGUAUUUCUAUUCACACCUGAGUAAUCCAUAUCCAAGUGAAGAAGCUAAAGAAGAACUCGCACGAAAAUGUGGAAUCACCGUGAGUCAGGUUUCUAAUUGGUUCGGCAACAAGAGGAUACGCUACAAGAAAAACAUAGGUAAAGCACAGGAGGAGGCGAACUUGUACGCAGCCAAAAAGGCAGCUGCAGCUUUUGCAGGAGCGUCGCCGUACAGUAUGGGUGGUGCCAGCCAAGGCACCCCGACGCCGAUGAUGUCGCCGGCGCCACCUGGUGGCCCGCAAGACAUGGCCGGAUACGGGAUGGGCAUAAACGGUAGCGAUUAUGGCUCGCAACCGUACAACGACGGCUCGAUGGGCUACGACCCUAUGCACCAGUUUGUGAAUAAUACCAAUUAUGAGAAAAUCGCACCUGCUUUUGAUACGCUUGACGAGAAGAAAUCUACUAAUACGAGAGGAUACAUAUUUUUGGAGGAAGAGUUCUAUGCAUAAAACAUAUGAAACGAAAUUCAUAGAAGGCGACAGAGAGUGAGAGAGACAUCGAAUCAGACUUCACGCAAUUAGAGAGUGAGAAAAAGAAAUUGAGAGAGGAGAGUAAGUAAGGAAGAGAGAGGAGAGCGCGGGAGGGAAGGAAGGAAAAUAUCACGAGAUCACCUGGGUUAAAUGAAAGGCAAAAAGCCAUAUACACGCGCGCGCGCGCAUACACACGGUUCGUGUCUGCGUGUCCAACUGAUCUCAGCCUUUUGUGCUUUUUGUUGUGUGUUCACAGUGACGCGCCAUGCCGACGAAAAAACCAAUCGCAAUCGUAGAUUCGUCUUCGAUCAGCUCGACGUGCUGGCUUUACGCGAAUUCGUUUGCGUUUUAGAGGGAGAGAGAGAGAGAAAGAGAGAGAGAGAGAAAGAGUGAGAGAAUGGAAGAAUGCGUGAAAUGUGUGUUUGACACAGAGAAUUAACGAACGAUGUGUUCGAGAUUAAAAAUCGACGAGCCGUUCAGGAUAUCAUCCUUCGUUGCAACAAGCACAGGUCUUUUUUUCUUGAGCGGUCGAGGAAUGAUUGAAAGCUUUACAAAAAAGAAAAAGAAAAAUGAGAUUCGCGUAGAAUCGUAUCGUCAACUCGUCGAUAGUGCAAUAUACUCGUAAAUAUUAUAUAUAUUAUAAUAUACAUUUAUAUACGUAUUUCAAUUUUUUUCGUCGAUAUUUCUGGCGCUUGAUUUCGAGCCUUUCUCACGUAUCGAGUCGUGCUUGUCUUGCUCGAAGCCGGGAACUAUUUUAUUAAUAUGGAUCAUUUGGAAAAGAAAAUAUCCUUUUUUUGCCUUAGGUUGGGGAUAUUGUGAUUUUUUGGAUUUUUUUUUUCUUUUUUUUCUUUUUUUUUUUUUUAGUGUUUUUAUAUAUUUCGACGCGCAAUAUCCGAAAAUGAUGGAAUUCUUUUCUUGUUGGAAUUCAUCGAUUGAAAUAUUAUUUGCAUAUUUGAAGUUCCGUAAUCUCAGAAUGUUUUGCGAGUUACGUGACGUCAUGUUGGAAGAUGGAAGCACGAGCGCGUGCCAAAUUAUUAUUAUAAUUUACAAUUUCAUGUGAUAGAAUUAAUAUUACAAUGAAAAAUAUUUUUAUCGAUAAAAUCAACGUUGUAAUAGUAUUGUCUUCCUUGUAUUUAAUACAUUCGAGAAUUAAAUAGUAAUUCCUGUUCACCAUAAGACGGCUGAUUCAUUCAACUUGAGAUUAAGAUUUUAAAUAAUACAAUUUGAAUUUUUUAAUCGAAAAAGUUUUUUAACUUAUUAUUAUUAUUUUUUUAAAUUUUAAGCUAACUUUUAUUCUUUAACUUAAUUUUAAUUUAACACGUGCUAAUGUUUCGUUCGUUCAAAUUGGCUGAAUGUUCAACAUGGUAUCCAAUUCGCGAAACAUCGCAUGUACAUAAUUUCAAAUCGAAUUUCGACAAUUAAUACCAUAAUAUUCUGAUUAUGCGCGUCAAAAUUUAUAUAUUAAAAAAAAAAAGGAAAACAAAAGAAAAAGAAAAUAUGAGAAAUACAAUUUUCAAUUGUCCCUAACUAAAGUUUUUGAAAUAUCCAAUUUUUACAAUACUUUGUAUUCGAAAUAUUUUCGACGCGAUUCUCGUCUUCGAGCUCUAGAAUUAGACUUUGCCAAAUGUGCAAUAAAAUUUUUAUAAACAUUUUAUGCCUUCCUUGGAUGUGAAGAAAAAACACGAGGUAGCUCGUUUUAUAGAUAAAUUGCGAAAAUUGAUGGCAGCAAAUAGUAAAUUAAUCCAACCACGUUUGAUGGGACAUGGUCGAGCAUUCGAAGUCGGUUAAAUAACUAGAAACUUUUAUUUCUUUUUUUUUCUUUUUUCUUUUUUUUUUUUAUAUAUCUCGCUAUGGACUGUGUUUAACCGAUAACGAUGAUCCCAAAAGGAUUAAUGAAUCUGGAUCUAGGCGGCUUAUUGUGAUUUUAGUUGUCGAGAGAUUACGAGAUCAUUCGAUUCGAUCGUUUUCUCGAUUACAGUAGCAGUUCAUUGUCAGACAUGCCUCUUUGUUGCGCAUAAUGGCACGCGAUCAGGCAAAUAUAGAGCUGGGAAAAAGAGGAUUACGAGCAAAUAAAAUGUUGUAUUAAAAGUAAUAAUUGCAUAAUAAUAUAUUUUCAUAUCAAUUCAAUACAAAUACUAUUUUGAAAAGAUGAUAUCUCGAAUAAGAAAUACUUAACUUUAACACAAAUAUAUUACAGUUUAAUAUAUCGAAAUCGUAUUAUUAAUAUAUAUAUAUAUAUAGUAACAUAUCAAAACUUGACAAAAUAUAAUCUAUUUCUUAAACAUUAAAAAAUGCAUAUUGCCUUCCAAUUAAAUGAGAAAUAAUUCUUUUAUUUGCAUCGAAUUCAAAAAUGUAAAUAGUAAGUAGUGUUUGCCCAUAUAAAUAAACUAGUAAUCUUAAAAUAGUAUUUGCUUAUUAGAAAUAUUUUUCAAUUUUCUAAAUAUUUUUAAUUUAUUUCAAAUUUUUCCCAGUUCUACCACUACGUGCUACUUACAAUCUAUCUGUGUUGUGCAGAUACACUCUCAAAAAGGAAAAAAAGCGCACCAUGCGGUCAUAUGGCUUUCGAUACUUAAUUUUACUGUUAGAAUAUCUUUGACAAAGUUUUGCAACGCACUGCAACACACACAUACAUACAUUUACGUUGUCUUCAUAUUAUACAUAACGAAUUACAGAGAUCAGAGAGAUCCUUUUAUGGAUGGAUAAUUAUACAAAAGACAUUAUCGUGGCAUGCAUGGCUGCAUGUAGAAUAUUACAAUCUAUAUAUAUACGUUUCAUAUUGAUCUUACAUAGUAGUACGUGUGUGCGUUUACCAUUAUUUUUACUUUUCAUUUUUUUCUUUUCUUUUUUUUUUUUAUUAUCAUUGUUUUAUUUUUUUCUUUUUUUUCUUUUUGUUUUUGCGGGACGGAUUGGCUGGGGUUUCCUGGGUGAAUAAGAUACGAGGCGAAAGAAAGUGGGAGAGAAAGAGCGUGAAAGAGAACGGAUGCCAGACAUUUCAUAUUAUUUAGUUUCUAAAUUGCAAAAUUCUAAAUUUCUCGCGUAGAAAGUAGAAUAGGCGCCGGUUUGUUGCAUUGGCAAAAUUAAUAAUAGAAUGAAAGGAUUUUCAUAGUUUUGCUGUUUGUUCCUUUGUUCGCAAUCAUCUCGAUCAUUAGAAUCUUUUCGUGUGUCAUGUAGCAGGCAAAUCCUUUCAUGCUCGUAUCGGGAGUCGAAGUCGUUUUGCAUUUUAGAACAACAAUAAGAAACAAUAAAAAAGAAAAAUCAAAUAAGAAAAAAGAAUUCUUACAACAAAGCAAUGUAGAAAUCCUGAUACGAGCAGCCAAUUCAAAUAGCCCGCGCUUUCGUACGUUAACUCAUUAACUUAACAUAUAUAUAUAUAUAUAUUAAUUGUAUAUAUAUAUAUAUAUUCUCGCGGUUAAUUCGAGAGACGUCUGUCUUUGUUGACAAAAGAAUGCGCAAAAUUGUUGAAACGAAGGCGAGGCUUAGUGACACGCAAUUUUAUCGCCACCUGCAGGGGAUAAAGACAGAGGGCUAAAAAUCAAUUGAAAAAAAAAUCGAAAAAAAAUGACGCAGGGCAAGGCAUUGGCUGGGGGGCCAGGCGCGGCGGGAUGGAUGCAGCAACGUGAGGCGGUUCCGGAAUUUCCGCCGCUCCACGAUUCAGCGGACUCUGAUUCCGACCGAGAGAAUGAAAAACGACCGCGCGUCUAAAAUUACUUUUGGAAAUGAGCGAGCUAUAUAGUAUGGUAACGAGACUAAUAAAACGAGAUAUAUACGUACCGAAAGGAAAGAGAAAGAGAGAAAGAGAGAGAGAGAGAGAGAGAAAGAGAGGAAAAGAGAAAGAAAGGAAAAACGCAACAACAAAAACGAGGGGGAAAAAAAGAGGAAAAACAUAGAGUGUAUGUCAGAGAAAUGGGGGAAAAAAAAGAAAGAAAGAAAGAAAGAAAAGCAGACGUACUGCUAACCGGACAACCAGGACUACUACAUCGUCACCCACUAUACCGACACGCACAUGCUCUCGUUGUGCAUGCGGCCACAUACACCCACAUACGUAUACACACAUGCGAUAUACGCGCACCUCCGAGCCACACACAUGGAAAUAAUGUUCGUUGGUGUUCCUACGAUUAAUGAUAACAUUAGUUUCCGGUUUUAAAACAUUUUUCUCCUUUUUGCGUCAAGAGAGAGGGCCAAGCGCACAGAACGAUGCGGCGAUACACGUAAGUUUUAUUGCGGGUCAGUUUAUACAAUUGUACAAUUGUUUCGAUAACUGUCCUCCUUAGUUCGAAUUUCGUGUAUCUUUUUAAUAUGACGGUGAGUGAAAUGAGAAUUUUCUUCAUCCCCGUGUUUUCCAGGGAAAUAGACGUUUUAUUAUUAUAGGUCAUCCUAUAAAAAGUUUUUCAGUUUCGAGUCAUUAAAUUUAUAGGUAUAAUUAUAGGUAACGUUUAGCAUAAGUUAGAAUAGAACGAAAUUAAAUUGAAAAUCGAGAAAGAGUUCUUUUCGCGCUGUAAAAAUAUAUCCGACCACGUUUAAUAUCAUCUACUCGAAAGCAAUAAUGGAUAAAAAUUUAGUAGACAAUUUAACUGAUAUUAACUCGUGUCGUAUCGAAACAAAAAUCUAUGGAAAAUAGAUUUUUCCAAAGCAGACUUGCACAUGGGAUGGCCUAUCGAGACUUGAAUACCGUAAUAUAUAAAUAUUAUAUAUUAUCAUAAUUAUCGUAUCAUAAUUACGUUGCAUUAAUUACUACUCAAAUUAAAAAAACUUAAAAGCAUAAAGUAUACAGAAAUAUAAGAUAUCUCUAUAUAAUUUAAAAAAUAAAAAGGAAAAAAACGCUAAAAUACGAAGUUUCGACUGAGGAGGACGAAAUAGCUAACGUUUCUCGAGGUACACGAGCAUGGGAAUAAUAUUCGAAUAUGUCAUUCGAUGGAUCACGCUUGAAGAAAGAGAAAAACAUUUCGUACAUUUCAUGUUCGCAUCUUCUUUGCCUCUGUCCUUCGAUCUUGAUAUUUAAUCUUGCCUUAUCGAGUGACUGUGAUGCAUCAAGCAUACACGUCAUCUAUUUACAGAGGAUUUAAAGAGCGAAAAGAGAAAGAGGAAUUUAAAAAAGAAAAAUGGCGGGCAGAAAGAGAGAGAGUGUGUGUGUAUGUGAGAGAGAGAGAAAGAGAGAGAGAGAGUGGAAAGGACGGCGAACGAUAAGAAUCCGUUAUAGGGCAAUUGCGCUCCUAAAAACAUAGGGUUCGCUUCUAUUUGAGACAAUACGGCAGCGUACAGGCGCCUAGCUAAGGAAAGAGAGGGAGAGAGCGUAUACAAUCAAUUAAUUUUUAUUUUUUAUCGUAUCGUAUGCCAUAUACACGCAUACAUAGAUAGACAGCUUGUACAGAUAUCUUUAUUAUUAUAUGAAACCCAUUGUAUAUCUAGUUUCAUUUCAAUUUAUUCACAAAAUUUGAUUUUUUUCUUUCUUUUUUUUCUUUCUUUUUGCUUUCUUUUUUCUUCUUCUUUUUUUUUAAAUACUUGACCUUUAUUGUUUUACGAUAAUUUUUAACGUCACGUUAUAUAUAUCCCUCCAUUAUAAUGCGUAGCAUAAUUUUUUUUUGCUGGGUAAGGAUUUAAAGGAACGAUUUUCUUUGCGCGAAAAAGAAAAGAAUACUUUUCUUUCUUUUGUUAAAUAUGUGUAAGUGUAUUAGGGAUGAGAACGCGUUCGAAACUUAAAAGAUGUUGAAACUUUUUCCUUUGUUCUCCUGAUGUUGAAAAUUUUUGAAGAAUAAUUUAUAACGUAAUAAUAAAUAAUUUACGAUUGUGACGAUACGAAUUUAUUUUUAUUGAAAUUAAUAUCUUACCGAGUUUUAUAUUUUUAUUUUAGAUAAUGAUACAGAUAGAUUCUUUCUGAAAGAUAUGAAGAUGAAUUUAAAAAAUUUAAAAAGAAAAAAAUUAAGUUUCGACUCAUCUCCAAUGCACGUGUAUAUAUUUUUUAACUUUCUUCCUCUCUCUUUUUUUAAUCUUUCGACGCGACGUAUAAUCAUUCAAACUUGUCUUCUUUUCUAUUCUGACGUAAUUUGUUUUAAAAAUCUAAUCCCAGCAUCCCGAAUAUUAUGUAAUGCUAGCGAAUGUUUCCUACGUUCGAUUAUGGUUUAAGUUCCGAGUCUUAAGUUUAGCUUCGAAUUAUAUUUGCAGCGAUGCGUUGAUAAUGUUUGCGUGCUGAUUUGUUCAAUUACAUUUGAACGCGAGGACACCAUUUUUCUGUAACAGAAGACAGAUUAUAAUUAUCAUUUUACGAUUAAUAAUAUUUAUUCAUCGAAAUAAUUAAAAAUACCCACGUGUAUUUUUAAUACGAUAUAAUAAUAAUUUGUAGGGGUGUCCUCGUUGUAAGGAAAAAAAAAAAGAGCUUAAUAUCGUAUCCUUUGUUAUUUUCUUGAAAAAUUGUGUGCAUGAUUGUACCUACGAGCGAAUCGAGAAACUCCGAGCAGUUCUCUUCGUUCUUUUUUUUCCUUUUUUCCCCUUUCUUUUUUUUUUGUAAACAAACGAUUCAGCACGAGAUCUUAAUUAAAAUUCAUUUCCUUUACGUCUUUUUUUUUCUGUUUCUAUUAAUUUCAACACCCGAUACAUAUACAUACAUAUGGUGUCGAAUCCAGAGUUUGAAUUAACCGCCGAAAUUUCAAACAUUUUUCAAACAUACGUACGUAUUCGGCUUCGAGCACAACUCGAGCACGUCCAAAAUAUAUUUUCUAAUAAAAAUAAAACGUUCACAUCGAGGUUAAGAAAAAUUGUCGGCAGAAGAAAUUCGAAUCGAAGCCGGAAUAUAUUUUAUCGAUAUAUGCGAAUUUUUCCAAAAAAAUAUAGAUUUUGAAAAACUGAAUUCGACUGGAUUCGACAUUUGAAAAAAUAUAUAUAUAUAUAUAAAUAUGAUAUAUAUACGAUUGCGCCUGUCUACCCUUAGUUGGUCGUACGUACGUAGGUUACAUAUGUAUUGUGUAUACGUAUACAUGUGUAUAAAAAUAUAUAUUCUAUACUUUCGUAUCUGUAUAACACGUGUGUUACAAUUACGAAUGGUAAACUUUCUACCAUGAACUGGGCAGAAACGUAAAGAUUGCGUUCCGACCAAGUUUUUUCUUCGACCGUAUGCGUGCAUGAAUAUGAAUAUAGUCGCCAGAAAAAGAUAUUUUCAGACAAACAAUGUCACACGCGAAGCAUAUAUCUUCUAUUUGAUUAUUCUAUUUUCUUUUUGAUUAUUAUAAAAUUUUUAAACUCCUCUGUCCUCCUUAAUUGGAAUGUCUUACGUAAUAUUUCGUAACGUAUAAAAAAUCGAAAUUUUUAUCACUUUUUUUUUUAUUUUUUAAACAUCCUGGAGACGAUUUUUAAUAAAAUGGAUGCAGAAAAUAUUUGCAUAUACUCUUACCUUUCGAUUUAAAAAAAUUAUAUUCUAUAUUCUUUAUUUUCGCAAUAUCAAAUUAAUAAUAAUUGAGUAAUAGUCGUAAAAAAUAAUCUUAAUAUAUGAAAUAUAUAUUUUGAAAUAUAAUAUAUUUACUUAGUAAAUUUACCUGAUAUAUACAAAUAUUUUUUGUAACCAUUAUAUAUUGGAUCUCAGAGAGGCUCAAAAGGCUCAGAGAGAUUUGUAAAUUUAUUUAAAAAUUAAGGAAUAAACUUGAAAUAUUUCAAUAUAUUCAAUGUAUAUAUAAAAAUAAAAAAAAUAUUAAAUAGGAUAUUUUAACUAAAGAGGCCAGAGUAAUAAAAUAUUGGAACAUUUUUUUAAUCUCGAUUAAUAGAAAGGAAAAAAGCGAUCGUAAGAAAAUAACAAAACGAAGAAUUGCUAUAGAGUACAGCUUUUUCACGCGACUGUGUGAUCACGUUCGCGUACACGGCCGGUACUGUUUGCUUUCAGGAGCUGUCGCCUUGAAAUACUUAGAGGAAUCGCAAGAAGAUACGCGAAACAGACAAUUAACGAGAAUGAAAUAUGAUGUAGGAACAUAUAAUAUGUAUAAGUUGUAUCGUGAAAAUGCUCGCGCAAUACGAUCACCUCACUAUCUGUGAUCCGAAACUCGCCUAUAAAGGCGGGUAAUACGAACUAAAACAAAAAAAAAAAAAAAAGAAAAACAAAAACAAAAAAAAUCGAUAUUAAGCUAUUAAUGUUAUGUAAUACAGAUUCUCUAAGCGAGAAGCGUUCACGUUUCUAAGUGACGUGCAUAUAAAAAAAAAAUUGCCCGACAAAUCGAACGAUUCGGUGUCGUUGGGAUCUAAUUUACCGAUCGAGUGCUAACGAACGAGAUACACGCGCGAUAUACGAAAUUAUCCUAAGCAUGCGAAUACAUUUUAACGUAAAAUUCUUGAAAAUUAUUUCCGACGGUCAUUUCUCGUUAAUGGUUACUGUUCAACCAGUGGUUUUCAUUCUGAUCUCAGUGUCCAUUUGUGGAAAAUACUCUUGAGAGAAACUUUUUGAGGGAAUUUUACUCUCAAAUGUAUUUGCACGUAGAGUUACGCAUAUAUCACGAUCAAACUUCUUAUACGAGAAAAUUCUUCGUACUACUCGUGAGGAUGAGAAAGUGAUCGAAAACGACAAGUCCCGUUUUCGAUUGCUUUACAUUUUUUUUUUUUUUUCGUUAUUUUUCUCCUUCAUCUCUUCCCUUCCUCUCUCUCUUUUUCUUUUUUAUUCGAUGCUGUUAUUCGAAUAUCAAGCGUGAACGCUUCUAUGCAUCGACGCCACCUUUUCCCCCCUCUCAGCGAGACCCAUCGAACGAAGAUAAUCGAAAUGAAAAGACGGUAAAAGGAAAAAAAAAGUGAUGAAGCAAACAGAUAAAAAAAAAAAAAGUACGAUCGGGAAACAGAACAGAAACGAAGCAAUGGUCCUGCGACACAACACUAAUGUAUACGAUUUUUCAACAUGAAAAUAUUAUAUAUUGUAGCUAUACAUAUAGAAGUAUAUAAAAGAGAAUAGUCCAUAGGCAAAAACUGUAACAGCUAAGUAACAUCAUUGUAACGACGAUGCUAAAAUUAGUAUAAAACGAGAUUUAUUUUAUUAUUAUAUCAAUGGUCGCUAUUAUUAUUAAUUACUAUUAUUAUUAUCGACGUUAUUAUAAUUGUCAUUAUUAUUAUAUUAAUAUUAUUGAUAUUCGCGAUCCUCGCGUUGCGUGGAUCCCAUUGCAAUUGUAUUAUUACAUCUUCAAUUGGAAAGCGAUUAUUAUUAAUAAUUACGAAUUAUUGAAAAUUUAUUACAACGCCCAAAACCGUUGGACGUAUUUUUUUAAUGGCAGAAGAGAGUCGAUCGACAGCUAGGUGAUUUCUAUCCGAUUUAUUAAAAUAUAUUGAUUGUCGAUGAUUAUCGUAAUGGAUUUGCGGCUCGACGAUUUAUUACUUAGCACGUAGGAGAGAAGAAGAAAAAAAAACAAAAGAUAUCCAUUUAUUGUAUAAACGAAGACGAGGCGAAAAUGAGAAUUACGAGUAUCCUCCUGAUUAGGUGAUUAAAUUCUGUUGUUAAAUAAUAUGUCGCGGUUGAGAUAGUAGGCUGAAGAUCGAAAAUUGAGAAUUUUGAAUUUAUUUUAUCGAUACGAUUUGUAAUGUUCAAUUUCUAAUUUCAAAAUUUGGAUCAUCUUAUAUUAUAUUUAUUUAUGUAACAAUCUAAUUUUUAAUUUUACUCUUUUUUAACUAUAUUUAUUAUUUCGUUCGACCAAUAAUUUUCACGAAAAUACAAAAUAAAAAAAAUAAAGUUAAAGCGAUCUCAAAAGUCAAUCUUCAACCCAUUGUCUCGCCAACCAUGCGACCAGUACAAGUGCGUUUGGCACAGCUAGUAUACGACAAAAGAGCGCCUGAAGUUCGCCGCGAGACCGGCUUCAAGCGUUUCUUAUAAGCUCUAUCUAACAUUUAAUAAAACGAGAUGAAAAACGAGUCAAGAAUACGAGAUCGAUAAGACGAAGUAAAAAAGAGAGAGAAAAAAAAAAGAAUAAGAAAUAACGUUUAACAUUUAUGGAUACACGAUAUAAGAUAUUAUAUAUUCAUAUUCCUCGCUCCCCUUCCGCUCGAUCCUUUUUCUCCAAUCGUCCAACUUUCGUUUAAGAUAACCUACAAAAAAAAAAAAAAGAAUCAUCCGCAAAAUUUACUCGAAGCGCACGCCGACGCGUUAUUAUUGCAUUUAUGUUUUUUCAUUGUCGGAUGAAAUUUCAACUUACUUUCCUGCGUCACUCGAAGAAUAUCGUUUCUUUUUUUCUUUUUAUAAAUUUUCUAACAAUGGAACGUUUGAUUUUUAAAAGUGUUAAACUCCACGUGCAACUCUUUUUCGUAAUUAUUGAUUCUUAUAUUUCUUAAUUUCUUCGUUUUAUAAAAAAUAUAAUAAAUGUGAUUGAAUAUUUUAUAUACUAUAAAAAAGAUUGGAAAGAAAGUUGAAGUCGCGUCUCGAUGUAUACAACAGUAUACCACAGAAAUCAUUGUAUCGAUUAAAAUCAUAGUAAACUUAAUAAAACGCUCAAAAAUAA